GUAAAGAUGAGCAGAGCAUUCCUGCUGGAGACAGGGAAGAGUGUCCAGAGGUGUUUGCCAGCAGCCUGCACUCUCAGAAAUCAGACUCAACUGACUGGGACCCUUGAGAUCACAGGCUUACCAUGCUACUCCCGAGGACGGCCAGGGACUGCUGACGUGACCACUGGACAGUGAUUUGUGACUCGUAUAGUUACAGAAAGAAUGGAUAAGCUUAAUAAAAUAACUGUCCCCGCCAGUCAGAAGUUGAGGCAACUUCAAAAAAUGGUCCAUGAUAUCAAGAACAAUGAAGGUGGAAUAAUGAACAAGAUCAAAAAGCUGAAAGUCAAAGCACCUCCAAGUGUUCCUCGAAGGGACUAUGCCCCAGAGAGCCCAGCCGACGAAGAGGAGCAGUGGUCAGAUGACUUCACACAAAGAGUUCAGCCACCCUCGGGGUUAGAUGCCCACACGUUUCCCCAGGAUACAGUCCAGGACAGCGAUUAUGAAAACCCAGACGAGCACUCGGACUCAGAAAUGUACGUGCUGCCAGCCGAGGAGGCCGGGGACGACAGCUACGAGCCGCCACCUGCGGAGCAGGAGACACGGACAGUUCACCCGGCCCUGCCCUUCACCAGGGGCGAGUAUGUCGACAACCGAUCAAGCCAGAGGCAGUCUCCACCCUUCAGCAAGACUCUUCCCAGUAAACCCAACUGGCCUUCGGCAAAGGCAAGACUGGCCACCUCUCUGCCAGCCAACACUUCACUGCAUAAACCUCAAGUCCCACCCAAACCCAAAGAGCUCCUUGAGGAUGAGGCUGAUUAUGUGGUCCCUGUGGAAGAUGAAGAUGAAAACUAUAUUCACCCCACAGAAGACAGUUCAAUCCCAUCUGAAAAAGCUCCCAUGGUGAAUAGAUCAAUCAAGCCGAAUAACUCCUCAAGGUCAGCCUCUCCUCCAGGGACAGCUCCAGGUCGCAAGAGUGGAGCCUGGGACUCCAAGUCAACUUCUUUACCUGCUGCGCCAUCCCCACUGCCCAGGGCCGGGAAGAAAACAGCUAUGCCACUGAAGACAACUCCAGUUGCCUCUCAACAGAAUGCCUCAAGUGUUUGCGAAGAAAAACCUAUACCUGCUGAACGCCACCGGGGAUCUAGUCACAGACAAGAAAAUAUGCAGUCACCGGUGUUUCCUCCUCCUGCCCCGAAGGCAGUUCAUCAAAAACCUAUACCUCUGCCAAGAUUUCCAGAAGGGGGAAGCCCAACCGUGGAUGGCCCACUGCCAAGCUUUUCAUCUAACUCCAGUUUGUCAGAACAGGAAGCUGAUGUUCACUGUAAACCGUGGUAUGCUGGUGCCUGUGAUCGAAAGUCGGCCGAAGAGGCAUUAUACAGAUCAAACAAGGAUGGAUCAUUUCUUAUUCGGAAGAGCUCUGGCCAUGAUUCCAAACAGCCAUAUACAUUAGUUGUAUUUUUUAAUAAGAGAGUAUAUAAUAUCCCUGUGCGAUUUAUUGAAGCAACAAAACAGUAUGCUUUGGGCCGAAAGAAAACUGGUGAAGAGUACUUUGGAAGUGUUGCUGAAAUCAUCAAGAAUCAUCAACACAACCCCCUGGUUCUUAUUGACAGUCAGAAUAACACAAAAGAUUCCACAAGACUGAAAUAUGCAGUUAAAGUUUCGUAAAUUAAAAAACAUUUUUAAAAGGAAGUCAACAUCAUUGCUUCAGAUAUUUUCCCUACUUCCGCUUUUAAGGAAAAAGCCCUCAAGGCUCAUAUUUUGGAUUAUGAAUCAUCCAGUAAUAAAACAGAUGAGGAAGCUGUGGAUUUCCUUAUAAGAAGCUCACAAGGACUUGUUCUAUUGCCUGAACUGAAGAACUGUUAAUACCUGGUGAGGCUGAGAAUAUGCUAGCAAUAUUCUCCAAAUAAAUGUCUUUAUUAAAAAAAAAA